AUGCCAGACUGCGGUCCACCCAUGGGAACCAGAAAACGUGCUGGAGACAAACUUGCCAGGCUCGUCCACGUUGAGAGAUGCGUUUCAUUGCUGCGAUACCUACCAACCGGAAGUCCACUGGAUUCGAAAGCACCCUUGCGCUGCUGCCGCGCCAAUAUUUGUCGCCAUUGCGACACGUGCGUUGAUGUGCGACAGCAAGCAGAGAGGUAG